CGCACGCACUUCCAGUCACACUCUGGAAUAACGGAUUAGCCAGUGACAUAGCGAGGCAGACGGUGAUUAUUAGGCUACUACAUCUCCAUUCAAAACAGGCGGUUUACUAGUACAUACAAAUCUCUUUUAUAGGAACCGGGAGGAAUCGCGUCCUGGAAUUUUAUGCAUUUCACCAUCCAGCAGUUUGGAAAAAAACAAACAAUGCUUUCUGACGGCGACAACUAAUUGACAAGGAUGACAUACCGAGGCAAUGACAGAAAAGAGCGACUGAGCCUCUCUCUUUUAUCUCAUCUUUCUCUCCUCUCUCUUCUCUCCUUUCACGAGAAUCUGAGCCCGAUAAGCCUUAACGAUUCUCACUCACCACGCGACCAGCGUCCGUCAGUAGGGUCACCUUCGGAAUUAACGCGGGCUUCUUGUGGGCGUGCGUGGCGUGCGUUAGAGUGAGUGAGUGACCGAUAGCCUUUUGGAGAGAGAAAAAAAGAGAGAGUCUGGAUUUAAGCACGAUCCAACCCUCCAGACAGCAACAGAAGCAGCAGCGGGAGCCGGUCCUCCAGAGUAGCCGUCUGGACUCACCCCCAGUCCCGCAGCCCCAUGCAGGAUGCCCGGGGGGGAGCGCUGGUCCUGGGGUAUCCUCCUGGUCCUGCUCAGCCAGAGUUCAUGACGCUCUGGUUGGCUUCAUCAUGCGUCUCCUGCCCGCUCCAAGCUCCCAAUCCCUCCGGCUACUCUUUCUCUUUAUCUUCGUGAUGGGGGUUGCCCCUUACCCGGCACUCACGGCAGGAUGCCCAGACAGGUGUGUGUGUGACGACCAGCUGGUGGUCCAAUGCGCUGGGCAGGAGCUCACCCUCUUCCCCAACGACCUCCCUCUAGCCACCCGCCAACUCAUCAUUUCCAACAACCGCAUCGGAGAACUUCCAGCAUUACAACUCAACUACCUGUCUGAUCUGGUCUACCUGGACGUCAGCAACAACACCCUGACGGAGAUCUCCGAGUCCACCUUCGGGAAUCUCCGAAAGCUGGCCUACCUUGACCUGUCCUUCAAUACACUAACCCAGAUUGAGGACCGGACGUUUGGACCGUUGUCAAGCCUCGUGAUGCUACGGCUAACAGACAAUCUGGGGCUAAAUGAGAUCCACCCGGACGCGUUCUCAGAAAACAUUGCUCUGCAGGUGCUGGAUGUUAGUAGGAACAACCUGACGACGCUGAACAUCAGCUCUCUGAUCGCCCUGCCCUCCCUGCGUUCCCUGGGGCUCAGCGGGAACCCUUGGAUGUGUGACUGUGAGACGGAGGACCUCUGCCUCUGGGUCCAGAUAGAAGGAUUCAAGUUCCAAGAUGAGGGUCAGACUGUGUGCCAGGGGCCUCCGGAAGUGUCUGGGCAGCGGCUGGCUGAGGUGGGCAUGCAGCUGAGGGCAGACUGCCACCAGGGCCUGGGCUACUGGGACUAUCUGUUCUUUAUCGCUAUUGGCUUUGUCAUCUUCAGUGCUGGCACCGUGUCGGCAUGGGUGAUGGGUGUCCUCAUGGUGCUGUACGAGAGAUACAACAAGAGGAAGGGGGAAGACAUGGACAGUGAUGAUGAGGAGGAGAGACAUAUGGGGGGAGGGAUAAUGGGGGGAGGGAAUCAGGGGAACGGGGAUCUGAAUAAGCCUGGCAUGCAGGUGUGA